GGUUGACGCGUCAAAGGAUGAACCACUGCAAAGUGUGAAGACAGAAACUGUACCGAGUCAAUUGACGAUGGUUGUUAGUGAUGCUGAGAGAACUAGUAGUACCCAAGUGAGGAAAUCAAGGUCUUCACUGCCCACUAUCGGUAUCUAUCGACCGCCUGCUGCCCGCAGAUCAACUGAGGACUCCUCUAAGGCAUCAGCAGAUUCUGUAAUUGUUGAGUCUUCAGCCAAGGAUGCAGUUAAACCUGCUAGGGCUAGAGUACGGCGUCCUGACCAACAAGUCUAUGUGCCUAGAGCAAAAAGAGCUUUCACAGACUCUGAACGGUUUGAGGACCCAACUCCAUCAUCAGUGGAAAAUCGGCCUCCACGGAUAUCCAGUCCAUCAGCUGAUCUGCCAUGUAGGGAUAAGAUCAGAUCAGGAAAUCUUAUCAUAGAAGAUAGAAAAUCGUGUAAACCAAGAUCAUCAAGUCCAUCUGGCUGGUUACCAGCACGUGCGUCUCAACUUGUUGAGACCAAAAAGAAACUUUGUCAGUCCACUUCAAGUGAUCUGGACUUAGAAGGAAUUAGUAGGAAUAUUCCGCCUGAAAGUGACAAAUUAUCUUCCACCAUGAAUCCUUCACAAUCGUUAAAUCUGCCUCCUAGAGCAGAGGUUCUUGUGGAGAAGAAGAAGAAACUUUGUCAGUCAAGUUCACUGACAGAGGAUUUUAAAUGGAAACCUAAGGAGGAGGUUGAACAAGACAUCAAUGCACAAUUGUCGGCAGAUUAUGGGGUAAAUUCUGAAGAGACCUCAACUCAUUUCGAUAAAGACGAAAAAUGCUCAAAAAAUAGUUUAACAGUGAUUAGUGAAAGUGAAAUUACAUCUGUGAUAGAUACGAAAGUUACCAGCUCAGUCAGUGAAGAAAAUAAAUGUGAUAUUGUUCAGUUAGAUGGUAGUCCUCAGUCUAAGCUUCAGGAAACUAGUAUUCCAGUUCUUACCAGAACGGUCAGUAAAGACUCUUUGCCAUCCAAUAAAGGAUCAGUUAUGAGGGGUGAUAGUUCUCAGAGUUCAGAGAUAAAAUGUGUUCAAGGUAGCAGUGACUCUAGUGAUGAUGACUAUCAAGAUACAAAUACUGAAAGAAAGUGUAAUGGUUUGACUAACAUAUCCGACCAGUCUAGUGGUGGAAGUAGUGAGAGUUUAUCUUCUACUGAUUCUCUGAAUGCCCAUGUCACACCAGUUCAGUUGAUGAAACCAGUUAAGACAGAGCCCAAGAAGAAAUCUUCAGAGAAGCCUGCUCGUGUAUUUAAUCCAGAUGAGUGUGAUUGGGAUGCUCUUCUGGAUGAGGAUGGUGAUGUACUUGAUCCAUUCUUAAUGAAAGAGUUGACCAGUGCAGUGGGAGAAGUUCAAGUCAACCAACCAAAAUCAGAUUACCGCAACUACAGGAGCCAAGUACCUGCUGAUCAUCAAAAAACAAGGCGGUCAGCAGGGGAUGAUGACUUUGGUCAUGUUGUAGAAAUAUCCAGUUUUCCUCCUGAGUUCAAAACACCUGAUUUGGUUGCCGUUCUAUCUCCUUUUAAAAAUAUGGCUGGAGGUUUUGAGAUAAAGUGGGUAGAUGAUACUCAUGCACUAGGGGUAUUUGCCAGUGCUCUAAUUGCUGAGCAAGUAUUGGCCUACCAUCAUCCAAUGGUUCGUACAAGACCUCUUUGUGAUGCCACACUGGAAUCACGUUUGAAAGCUCGACGCCUUUCUGAGUCCAUCCACUCUUUUCGACCUCGCCCAGAGACCUGUGCUGCCCUUGCGCGACGUCUUGUCACUGGAGCACUUGGUGUUAAACUACCUACAGCUCGACAAGAGAGGGAGGAGGAGAAAAGAGUUUUACGGGAAGCCAGAGAGAAGAGAAGACUUGCUGUCCAACAACAAGAUGACAUCUGGAAUAGCUGACGACCAUGUAGCACUGAAGACAAGGCAAUGCACAAGAUUUUACUUUUGUAAUAUGACUGAGUUCCAUACCUUGUAAUUGAUUUGCUGUGAGCUAUCUAUUUUCAAAUGCCAUGCUAUUUGUUACUUAAAUUUGUUCAGAGAGAUUUGUACUAAUAUUUACGACAAGUUAAAAUGUUUAUUAGAAUUUCUUUUAUUGAAACAUGUAUGUAUGUAUGAUAGUACGUAUGUUGUUUUUGCAUAGAUAAAGCCAUAAUUACCUACAAUGUUUUAGAUAAGCUUUAAUAUGAAAGAUUAUUAUUUUGGAAUUUACUGUAGUACCUUAGACUUUCCUCUUAAGUUUACUUUUAUGUGCAUGUUUUCUCCUUCUUUUCUUCUAAAUGAUGUGUUGAUUGUGUUAAAAAAAUGUUGUGUUGAUUGUGUUAGAAUGAAAGUUCACUUUUUCAAAAAACAAAGAAAAAAAAUGAUUUUUGAAUUAACAUACUGACUGAUA